UAUAUACAUUAUGCCAUUCCUUCCUGUCACGCGUCGCCAUUUUUCACUGUCAAUACCAAUAAAAUCGUCUUGUUUUAUUCAUACCAAUGCUAUUACAUUAUCACCACCAAGAAAGGAAUCAUUACACCUCACUUCUCGUCAAAAAAGUAAUUGGGGACGCUUUCGACCACUAACUCCUUCUUCACUCAACCCAGUGCCUGUCAGGUCGAGACCCAGACUUGACGUUCCUUCGACUAUCACUCGACCUGCUUAUGCCGAUCUAGGUUCUUCUUCCGAAUGGGCUCCUUCUACUCCCUACAAUACCCCCAAGGACCUGAUCAAACUUCGUGCUUCUGCUCAACUUGCAAAAAAGAUCCUAUAUCAAGGUGGUGAUCUGUGUAAGGUCGGUACUACUACCAAUGAUAUUGACAAGAUUUUACACAAUGCCAUUAUUGCCGCUGGUGCGUAUCCGUCUCCUUUGAAUUAUAUGGGCUUUCCAAAAAGUAUUUGUACAUCUGUGAACAAUAUCAUAGCACAUGGUAUUCCUGACGAGCGACCCUUAGAGAAUGGUGAUAUCAUCAAUAUAGAUGUGACAGUCUAUUUGGAUGGUUUCCAUGGUGAUACCUCAGCUACAUUUCAAGUUGGUGAAGUGGAUAAAAAAGGUCAAGAUUUAAUAGAAUGUACAAAGGAAUCUCUUACCAAGGCGAUUGCUGUGUGUGGUCCUGGUGUUCCUUUUAGAGAAAUUGGUCGUGUCAUCAGUGAGUAUGCCUCUGCAAAUGGAUAUACAGUUUCAGACGAAUUAUCAGGACAUGGUAUUGGUCGGGAAUUUCAUUGUCUACCUUUGAUCUAUCAUCAUGUCAAUGACGAAGACGGUGUGAUGACUCCUGGUAUGGUUUUCACUAUAGAACCUGUACUUAGUCAAGGAUCCUCUGUAGGAUUGAUGUGGCCUGAUGAAUGGACAAUUGCAACUAUCGAUCAAGGACGAAGUGCUCAAUUUGAACAUAUGAUUGCGAUAACCGAGGAUGGUGUGGAAAUCUUGACGGAAUAGACUAUGAUAUGCUCCCUUAUGUAGUUAUCUUGCUUAUUGUAUAUAGACUUGUAUUUUUCUUUUUGUUUACAAUAAAAUUUGACAUGAUGUUAACAAUAGAAUUGAAAUGGAA